CCUAUCGACAUCGAGAGCACAAAGACCGUGGGCCAUUUGAGAGUCGCUAUCAAGGACCAGAAGAAGAAUCGGUUUGAUUGUGUUGAUGCUGACGAUCUCGAGAUAUGGCAGAAAAGAUUCACACUUGCUCGACACGAUCGGGAUCGAGGGCGGUAUCAAGGAUGGCGUGGAGUUGGAGGACGCGUUGACCGAGAUGUCAGAAGCGUUCCCAGAUGGAGUGGAGCGCAGAUAUAUUCAUAUCGUUGUGCGACUUCCUACAGUCACUCAGGGUGAGGUUAUGGAAGACCCAACUGACAUCCUAGCACGGCUCAACACAGAGUUCAAAAACACCCUCGAAUCAGGAUCCGACUGCCCUCCUCCUUCAGAAGCUGCUCAAUCCGAUCAAUAUCGCGCAAUCCAGGGUGGGCCUCGCAAAAUAUACGAUGGACGCUACGCUCAAAGCAAACCGGCUGACACGACUGCGCCACCAAUCCAGUUAUUCAACCCGGCAUUUGCGUUCUUCUCAAGUAAAACGUUUGACCCUACAUACGAAGUGCCCAUUGACAUACUUUGUGCCACUCCAACUCUCAUGGCUGAAUUUGCAACCGUUUAUUCCGAAGAAGAUGACCGCAGGUCAAAUAUUGUUUCUCUACUGGAUAACGUGCUCGGACACCGUUUCGUGAAAGAGCAGAUUCGUGGUGGCAAAUGUAUCCCAGAUGGUGUAGUCUAUGCAUUUCACAACAAGAUCCCGAUAUGCCUGAUUGUAGAUGAAGAGAAGGACCAGUUUGGAGGUGGUGGUUCUGACCCUUCUGUCCAGACGUCUUUCUCCUUUUUGCGCAUCUUAUGUCAGAAGGAAGCGGAGCUCCCCUUCAUGUGCAAUUGUCCUGCGUUCUUGAUUGCGCGUGCUGGACCUCAGCUAGUGGUUCUUGGCGCAGUCCUCAGGGAGAAGUGUAUCGUCCAACGGCUUACGGACUUCAUGUGGAUCCCAACUUACUCCUCACUGGAUGAUGACCACUGCCUUCGAAUUGGGCGCGUCAUGCAUGCACUCAAAGAAUCAAUCACUCUACUCAAAGACUGGUAUGAUAACAAGGUCUUCAAGCGCGAUGAGCCGCGUUAUGACAUAUCACAUCCUGUUGCACACUCUCGUUUUUUCCCAACCCCAGAUACCUACAAACGGGACGGCAAGCUUGUGAAAUUCACAUAUCAGCAGCCUCUCGAAUCCCAUCCUGCCUGUGUAACAUACCUAGCGAAGACCGUCGAGACCGACUCGAUCCAUGUUGUCGUGAAGUUUGUCACCCGGUACGGUGUGGACGUCCACAUGGCGAUGGCGGAAGCAGGGUUCGCGCCGAAGCUUUUGUACUACGGACCAAUCGAUACCAUGCCGCACAUGCCAUCGUAUGGCGAGCUGCGGAUGGUAGUUAUGGAGUAUGUGGAUGGAACGACGGCCUCUAAUGCACGGGCACUGCCUCGCAGUUUCAAACAGGACCUCACUAAAGCAAUCGAGUACUGUCACGAGCGUGGUUUCGUGUUUCGUGAUCUUCGGAAACCAAAUGUCAUGAUCACGAAGGAAAACAAGGUGCAACUUAUCGAUUUUGACUGGGCUGGAUGCGAAGGCCGGGUUACAUAUCCUGUAUCCAUCGACUCUAUCGAUAUUGAGUGGCCGGCAGAAGUGAGACGAUUAAACCCUAUAUUGCAGCAGCACGAUCACGAUAUGCUAGUGCGACACUUUAAGUAGAUCUCUCAAUUUGUUUUUAACUUUAUCAAUCAUUACAAUCCGGUCAUGUAUACAUAUUGUAUGGUGAUGUAACUUACACACGAGAGGCUUAGAGGUCCAUCAUGAAAAACUUGAACGAACUGGAAUGACUUCAAA